ACCAGUUUGGAGGAAUCCAACUGAAAAAAACCAUCAGCUGCCGCUCUCUUCCCUUCCCUUGGCUCCUCACCUGCACUAAGCCUAUAAAGAAUCAUCCAUCUCCCUUUCUUGCCUCACAGCCCCAAGCCUUGAUCCACCCCCUUCCCCACAUUAGAGAUCGAUCUCAAGAAGAAUGGGUUCCGUCUCUCGCCCCUCUCUGGAUCAGAAGCUGGCUAUGGCGAAGCGCUGCUCCCACGAGGGAGUUGUCGCGGGAGCAAAGGCGGCCAUGGUUGCAACUGUUGCUUCGGCCAUUCCCACUUUAGCUAGCGUGAGGAUGAUCCCAUGGGCAAGGUCCUUCCUUAAUCCGGCUGCUCAAGCCCUCAUCGUUUCAUCAGCGGCGGGGGCGGCGUACUUCAUAGUUGCGGACAAGACGGUGUUGGCUGCAGCGAGGAAGAACUCGUUCAAGGAUGCUUACCAGGCUGACAUCAGGGCUUGAGAGUCCGACAUGAUAGCUAGCUACUUCUACAUCUUGAUGCAGAUAUCCGUUUUUGUAUGAGAAAUGCUGUGUGGAAACAAGUUAUUGGGUUGAAGCUUUUACCGUUGUAUCAUUCUUCCCACCAAAAUCCAAUAAAAUAUUUUCUUUUAUGAGUAGUUUUCACGA